AUGUUUUUCAACACCCGAGGCGCCCUCGCGGCCACUGUCUUGAUCGCUGCCACCUCAGUAGUCGCAGAAGACUUCAAGGUAGUUCCCCGCGGUCCACUAGCAGCGACACUGGUCGGCUGUUAUAGCAGCGUUCCUGGGUAUGGCAAGACAAUGCCCUACACGUACCAGAGUUCCGGAUGGUGUCAGGAUCAUUGUUCCAAGGAACAUGGGGCCUUUGCUUUGACAGGAGGCUCCGACUGUGUGUGCGGCGACACUCUACCACCAUCCAGUGAAAAGGUCUCCACGGGCAAGUGCAGCAAAUCGUGCAGCGGCUGGCCCCAAGAUAAGUGCGGCGGCGAUGGCUACUACUCCGUAUAUACCACAGGCUUGGAUGACGAUAUCCCUACUUAUUCGAAAUCUAAUUCGACUAAGGACGGCGCUGGCGACAAGUCUACCACGAAAACUGACUCGGCCGCCACCGGUGUCACGACCGGGGCUGGUGGUCAGACACAGAUUGUGACAUCCAACCCUAGCGCUAGUCCCGCUGCAGAUACGGAGGAGAAGACCUCGAAGAGCAAGAACACUGCCGCAAUUGCGGCCGGUGUCGUGGUCGGCGUAGUCGGCUUCGCUGCUCUCUGUGGUGCUGGAUUCUUCUACUGGCGAUCCAAGAAGAACAAGAGCAAUGCUGCAAGCGGGCCAAUUGGCGGCUAUGGUCGUGACUCCAGCCCGCCCUCAAUGACCGAUUCUCGGUUCGACGGUGACUACAUGGCCCAGCGCCGCCAAAGUAAUGGCAGCAUUGAUGAUGACCAUGACUUCUCUCGCCGAAUCUUGCAGGUGAAUAUGCGCGGCACCCAACCUCAUUGUUUCGAAACUGACUUUAUGGUCCAGGUUACCAACCCCGAUCGCUAA